AUGACUCAAUCUCAUGACAACUUACUAAGUGGAUGGCCCCUGUUGAAGGUCCCCUUGGUGGAAACGUCCCCUGCUCCUCCAAAAGACAAGGGCAAGGGCAAGGCAAAAGUCUCCAAGGGGAGCAAUAAGUCCCCUGAGGAUAAGGAGGAUGAAAGGAAAGCCAAAAAAGCUAUUGAGGGGGAAUUCGAGCUAGUUAAGGAGACCAUAGGGGAUACCGCCGACCAGGUCGAUGAGGGAAAGGCUGAUGAAAUGACCAAGGAGGCCGCUCCAAGGGCUAACUUGGCUAAGCAGAUAGAAGAAGCGAUCUAA